AAACACUCUAGUCUACUUACUCGCUUUACAUCGUCGUUGAUGACUUCCAGGGACGUGACGAGUAGGCUGCGUGAGAGCGUUUGGAACGGAAGCAUACCUCUAGAAGUGCGGCUGCAUAAUGAAGAUUGCAGGACCUACGAUGACUCUGAUCCAUAUAUGAUCCAGUUUCCAAGACUCUCAUAUCUUGGUUUGCUCACUCACAAACUUCACACCUUCUUCUCGCCAAAUUUGAUAUAUCCAGAUAUUUCACCGGCGGAUCUGUGGCUUUCGUACGAAGGUGUACCGCUGAAGUGGCAUUAUCCUCUCGGGCUGCUGUACGAUCUUUACUCUGGGGAGGAGCCAGCAUACCCAUCAGAUCCGGCGUCGCCAACUCACAAGACCGAAACCUCAGAGGAAGAGCACCGCCGCCUGCCAUGGAAGCUGACUGUCCAUUUCUCUGGCUACCCUUCAGAGCAGCUUGUUCGACUCGACACCGAGGAUAACGUCAUGCAUGAUCUAUUCAGAAACAGUGUCAAGGAAGCCGACUAUCUACGAACCGGAACAGGAAAGACAGUCAUGUUCUUGAGUGAGAAGGACAGCACACAGCUCUGGGAUGCGGUGAAGCAGCAUGACUUCUCGCUUUACAACCCUAUUAAUCAGAAGCUGCUGAACCCACAAGGUGCUGUAUUACGACACCUUCCGGUGCGAAUCUACCUGCCGCAUGCUGCGAAUAGCAGUGAGCAGAAAGAGGCCAGUCCUGGAAGCCUAAGAGUAGUGCAAAGUUUGGUGACUCCAAACCUCUCGUCUCGACAACCGCAAACUAUUGGUACGGCAUUAAAUCAAAUUCUUCCAACGUUAUUUCCCAGCAGACGCAGUCCACUCCUGGCGCAGGCGGUCUUGCACGGUGCAGUCUUGCCUCUGAGCGCUAGUGUCGAAGAUCUAGUACGCGCAUCUGCGUACCUGGAUGGCUGGCUCCAUAUUACUGUGGUGAUGAUGGCGUAGACGCACUGCUCGUAAACUACAUAGGGCUGGAAAUGCGAAUCUCGUGAUCGCACGUUUGGUGUCAUGUAUUGCGAAGAUAAUUAUGGGCCGUCUCCACACUGCACAUUUGAAGAAACCAAAGCGUGCCUUGGGAAGGGAAUGCGACUCUACUGGAGAUCUUCAGGCAUCCGUGUGGGCCCCUUGUCAGCGAUGAUGUCGAG